UCUUUUUUCGGUAAUGAAGCAUGAUCGUUUGUUUGACGACACCUCUAGUCGCGCCGCAGCUUCUACCAAUCGCUUUCAAUGCCGAGAUCGCCAAUUGGGGAGACUCCGUGUCCGUGCCCUGCUCGAUCCUGAAGGGCGACAUGCCCAUGGACAUAGCGUGGUCGUUCAACGGCGUGCCGAUCGACACGUCGAAAGACACGGGUAUCACGGUCACCAGAAUCAGCAAGCACUUGAGCACCCUCAGCAUCGACGGCGUCUCGGCGCGCCACGCCGGGGAGUACGCCUGCUCCGCGUCGAAUCUAGCCGGUUCCGUCAGUCGAUCGACAACUUUGACCGUCAACGGUACGACCCUAAUCCCCUCCGCACAGUUCCUGUUGCAAUAGGCCCGCUAUACUGUACAUAAUUAUCAUCACAAACGUAUCCCCCUCCCCCUCCCUCCUUUAUCCAUCGAGCCACCCAUCAUCCUUGCCGAAAGAUUUCUUGAUGAAACAAGAUAUAUACAUCCACCGCCAUACCAACCUCAUCUAGCAGUCCAUGUCGUACUUUGCUGAAACAGAUAUUAUAAUCAAGCCUCCGAAUUACGCGAAUAGGAAAUCGCGUCGCAUCAUGAACCGACACUUGCUCUUUCUUGUCUCGUUUCUCCCAGUCGCUCUUUCCAGUUGCCCCGCAAAUACUGCCUUUCGCUUUCGGGGAUGAGCCGGCCAGCUGGGGCGAGCUGGUCUCAGUCACCUGUUCCGUCACCAAGGGCGAU